AUGGACCAAGGACCUAAUGCCGACCGCAACACGAUCACGGGUAUUGCAGAGAUUAAUGAGCUGUUUUUUGCUCGGCAAACUGUACAAAACUCGUGCGCCACUCACGCCUUGCUGAGCAUUCUGCUCAAUCGCCCCGAAUUAGAUCUUGGUCCGAUGCUCUCCGAAUUUCAAAAGGCUACUCGACAACUGUCUCCCGAGGCAAAGGGUACAGCCAUCGGUAGCAUGCCCCAGCUGGCUCAGGCUCACAAUCGACAUGCGGCUCAACCUCAUUCAAUCCCCAGUCAUCAAUCCACCAAUCCACUUGCUUCACCGGUAUUGGAACCGAGUGAAGCAGCGUCGGCUGCUGCCGCCGCGAGUGCCGCUUUAGCACUGAGUAACCCAGGGUCCGAUUCUACGUCUACUGUGACAACUACAACAACUUCAUCCUCUGCCUCGGCGGCAUCUACCGGGGCCGUCAAUGCCAUCCAGUUGGAUACUUUUCAUUUUGUUUGUUAUGUGCCUUUCGGUGGAUUCCUGUACGAGCUCGAUGGUCUCAAACCAGAUCCAAUCAAUCACGGCCCUCUGCAAGAUCCCACGAGUUCAUCUGAUUGGACUCGGCAGUGCGCAGAUAUUCUGCGACAGCGGAUGCAAGAGCAAGACGUUCGGUACAGCUUGAUGGCUGUUGUACCUGACCGGCGAUUGGCCUUGACAAAACGCAUGUACACGUUAGAUAAAAAUCGGCAGAUCAUCGAAGACACGUUAUUAAGGAUUGCUCGAUACGAGGAGAAUCAGAAACGCCAAAGAUCGGUUGAUUUUCGGGCCCCCAUAAAUGGCACUGUCGUUGAAUCGGGUUCACCGCUAUCAUCAGUCCUCAGUUCACGAUCUGGCUUCGAUUCUACCCUGCCAUCAAUGGCUAUGGAUGCGGAUCGAAAAGAAUGCACAUCUCCCUUUGCUCCCUCUGAUCCCGGACCUGAUGACCGUGAAAUGCAUACCCUUGACAAUAUGGAAUGUCACUCGGCUCUCAAUGAUUCGGUUUGUCCCCCGAAACAACACAAUCGAUCGAUUCGCACUCGUUCUCUCACUCGUUCCACCGCCUCAACCACAAACACAAAUCCGGGCGAAGCUCCAUCCUCGUGCGACGCGGAUGAUAUGCCGCACGAGGAUAUGCCGUCCCGACAAUCGUUGGAUUUUCAUAGUUCCGUCGCACCGCAAUCUGGUGGUGGUAGUCCGAUAUCGGAUGUGGGUGGAACCAAUCGAAAACGAUCGUCGACGUCGUCUACGCUAGACGAGGACGAGACUGCUUGGGUCUCGGAGCGCAAAAGACGUUUUCUCGAGGAGCCAAUUGAUCGAGCCUCUUGUUCAGAUAUGGGAUCGACCGGUGGUGAUGGCGCUAAUAGCAAUGGUAGUGUUUUCCCCUAUGGCCAGAUGAACAAAAUGCUCGCGUCCAUCGUGUCCGUUGAAUCCCCACUGCUGACAACAUUGACGGAGGUGGUGGCUGCCGCAGCGCAAGAUGUUUCAGAUACGUUAGAUGAAUCUAGGCAAGUCAAUUAUCAAUCCCUAAAACCGUCCGAUAGUCCAAGGGCAUUAUCGACACUGAUCGGUGGAGCGCUACCCAGUUCGGAUAAUGCGAAUCGUACCAUACCUUGUUCUCGUUCACCGGAGGCAACUUCUGAAGCCAAUGAAAUUGUAAAACUCGAAGAGGAUGAACAGUCAACAAAAAAGGUUUCCGAGAUUCAAUCCGCAUCAUCAAAGAACGGGACUAAUCAUUUAUCAUUUAGCUCCGCUUUCAUUUCCUCGGAGUCGGACCUUCCUAGCGAGUUGACCAAACCCUUAACGGUGGAUACUCAACUCUGGGAUCGUGCACGGUUAAUUUCCGCCGAUCGACUUGAGUCCACUCUACCAAACGGUGUGAUACCACUCGGACGGACAACAGCAAUGAAGCAAGCAGAGGAUACGGCACGUUCAACGACUACCGCUCGUGAACUCCGUCCACAAACCCGAGCCCUCACUCGAGCUCGAGUGAAAAAUCAUACAGAAACUGAAUCUCACAGUAAAUCCAUCGACUGUGCCGUCUCCGAUUCCAUUGAACAACCCAGUAGUUCAAAUUCACCAACCCCACUGGAUUCUCCCACAGCAACGCGUUCACCUUGCUCUCCCCAAGCUGAGCAUGCGAUCAAACGGGAUCCCAGUACUGAUAAAGAAUUUCGUGUGUCACAUACGCCAGAUGAAUCUUGUUCCACAUUGAACGAGUCAGCCAUCUCAUCGGGUGUAUCUUUAUCCGGUACGGUGACUACAAUUACAAGUUCAUGUGAUUCCAUUCGCCGAGCCUCUAAAUAUCCGACACGUUCAUCUACCAAGAGAGAUACACUAGCUUCACAUAGUUUGGCCAGUUGCCGCACUAACACUACCACGGCUACAGCCAUCGCAUGUAAUGCCGGAACAUCGCCGAAUUCCAUCACAUCCCAAAUAAAUCACCAUGGAAUGACAUUUCGUCCGGAGCUGUCUUGUGCGUCUAUCAGUGCCAUUUGUGCCGAUACAAAGGUAGAUCGGUCCGACUCGAACCGAGGCUAUCCGAUUGGUGGCCGUUUGCAUGAAACUGUUCCACGAUUCACCGCCGACGAACUUCGUCUGUUGCUUAACCGAGUCAAAGAACAGGCCAAAUUGUGUGACGCUGCACUCCUUGAGGAGGAAGAAAAGCGUCAAACCUACCGCGUAGAUGAUGCUCGACGAGUACACAACUACGAGCCGUUUAUUCGAGCUUAUCUAACCGCUCUAGCCAAGCAUGGACUCCUUCGAACGUUGGUAGUUCAGGCGCUUCAAAAUAUGCCUAAUACAGGCACGUCUUUGUCUCUUCUCAGUCCGACUGCAAGCUCUUCCAGCACAAGAAAGUCAUCCGGCUCGGUAGAUCCUCCGUAUCAUUCCCGGAGAUCUGACUCAGAUCGUUCCGUUUCUGUUCCUAAAAGUUCCGUGGGGUCCACGGAAAUUACCGCAGAAUCAGAGCGAAAUAUCGCUUUACGUCGUUUAAGUGACCCGCAAUCAACAACUGCCUCCGUUGGUGGUCAAUUAACUCGUCGAGGACUGCGUGCACGGGGAAAGCGAGGCACGUUUGUUUCCGGAUGUAACAGAAGUACCGUUGAUCGAGGAGAGGUAUACACAACAGAUGCGAGCGAUGGUACGACCCAGAGUCAGAAUAAACCUACCAUCUGCUCCCCCGGACCGAGAAAUAAUCAUACGACAGAGGCACCAUCGGAUACCGUAUCGGGCUCGAGCAUAACAACUGAUGGUAUGGUGAACUCAACAGAAUCAGAGCUGACCGAAAGUGCUCCUGUUGUAGGAGCUGAGACACCGGAUUCCUUGGGUAGUCAUUCGGCAAAAUCGAAAUCACAGACAAUCUCUCCAGUUUUGUCUAAUACAACUCGCAAUGGGACAGCGGAUGCUAGCGAAUCAGGUAGUGGCCUUCAGGCACCACUCUCACCACUUGCCUCCUCGGUUGCGCAUACUUCUUAUUCGUCUUGCGGCUCCGCGCCACAAUCUCCUCAAUCCUCUACCUCAUCGCGAUCUACGUAUUUACGACCACUUCGACAAAAUGCACGAAGUGAUUCUUCGGGUAAAUUUGCGGCCGAGGAUGGAUUUAUUUCCCGUAAGUCUCUUCGACCUCGGUCGUCCACUGACAGAAGCGUUUCACGCGGUGGCAAUCAACCGGGACUGAGUGAUUCAAGUGAUGAACAAAAAUCUGGCAACGGUCACAGACUUUUCCUUCGACGUCGAACAUUUUCCUCCUUGGUCAAACAUGUCGAUUCGGGCAUCCUUGUCCUGUAUAUUCUCACCCUCGGGAGACGGUAUCUCGAUCCCAGUCCGUAUGUACACACGUGUUAUUCGGAUCCGGUCGCCGAAUCAAUCAGUCUGUUGGUUCAUUUGUUCAUUUGCCUAUCCGUCCGAUUUCUUACCGUACUGUUCACGCUUGUCAGCUCAGUUUCCCUGUAUCUCUCUCUGUCUGUCUUGUGGGAGAAAGACCCCUGUCGGGCUCGUCUGCUCUGA